GAUUACGCUGCGCCCAAAAAAUUAUGGACGUCGGUGGGAACGGUGUUGGGCUUCCUGUAAACAAUAAACAGAGAGCUAUGUUACCCAACAAAACCAGGGGCGAAUUCACCCGCAACCCAAGAAAAGAUUCUGAGGGGCUGUCGGAGUCUCCGGACCUUGAGUUUGAAUAUGCUGAUACAGACAAGUGGGCUGCAGAGCUGUCAGAGCUGUACAGUUAUACUGAAGGACCAGAGUUUGCUCUCAAUAGGAAGUGCUUUGAGGUUGAAUUCAGGACACAUGUUUCUGAUAAGAAGUGGACAGAGCUUGAUGCAGCUCAGCACAGAGCUCACGCCAUGCGCCUGUUGGACGGUCUGGAGGUGAUUGCUCGGGAGAAGAGGCUGAAGGUUGCCAGAGCCAUUCUUUACAUGGCUCAGGGAACCUUUGGAGAGUGCAGCUCUGAGGCUGAGGUGCAGUACUGGAUGAGAUACAACAUCUUUCUGCUGCUGGAUGUGGGGACCUUAUCUGCUCUGGUGGAGCUGCUCAACAUGGAGAUUGAUAACAGUGCUGCCUGCAGUAGUGCUGUCAGGAAACCAGCCAUCUCUCUUGCUGACAGCACAGAUCUCAGAGUGCUUCUCAACAUAAUGUAUCUGAUGGUGGAAACGAUACAACAGGAUGACCCUGCCGACAAGCCUGAGUGGAAAAUCAUCAGGGAAACCUUCAGAGCAGAACUGGGAUCUCCUCUGUUCAACAACGAGCCCAUCUCCGUCAUGCUCUUCGGUAUGGUAACAAAGUUCUGCAGCGGUCACGCCCCUCACUUCCCGAUGAAGAAGGUGUUGUUGCUGUUGUGGAAGAGCAUACUGUUCACACUCGGAGGGUUUGAGCAGCUCCAAAGCAUAAAGAUUCAUAGACGUGAGGAGCUGGGUCUCCCUCCUCUCCCAGAGGACAGCAUUCGGGUCAUUCGCAGCAUGAGGGCCGCCUCUCCUCCCGCGUCUGCAUCCGACCUCAUAGAGCAGCAGCAGAAACGGGCCCGCCGCGAACACAAGGGGUUGAUCAAACAGGACAAUCUUGAUGCAUUCAAUGAAAAGGAUCCUUACAAGGCCGACGACUCCCGCGAGGAUGAGGACGACAACGACGACAAUGACAACUCUUUAGAGCCGGAGACUUUCCCUCUUGAGAGGGACGAGGUGAUGCCUCCACCUAUUCCUCACCCUCCGUCAGAGAGGGUGUCCUUCCCCAAAGGACUGCCAUGGGCUCCUAAAGUGAGGGAAAAAGACAUUGAAAAUUUCCUGGAAUCAAGUAGAAGUAAAUUUAUUGGUUACACACUUGGAAGUGAUACAGAUACAGUCGUCGGCUUGCCCCGGCCAAUACAUGAGAGCAUAAGGACGUUAAAGCAGCACAAGUACGUCUCCAUUGCUGAGAUACAAAUUUUAAAGGAGGAGGAGUUUCAGAAAACACCUCUGUCUGGGGGUGAAGAGGAGGUGGAGAUGUCCUCCACUGAGCUGCUCUAUCAGGGAAUUCUGCCCAGUCUGCCUCAGUACAUGAUCGCUCUGCUGAAGAUCCUGCUCGCAGCUGCUCCCACCUCCAAAGCCAAGACGGACUCCAUCAACAUCCUGGCAGACGUGCUGCCAGAGGAGAUGCCGACCACAGUGUUGCAAAGCAUGAAACUCGGUGUUGAUGUCAAUCGACACAAAGAGAUCAUCGUGAAAGCCAUCUCUGCUAUCCUGCUGCUGCUUCUGAAACACUUCAAACUGAACCACAUCUACCAGUUUGAGUACAUGGCUCAACAUCUGGUGUUUGCCAACUGCAUCCCCCUCAUUCUGAAGUUCUUCAACCAGAACAUCAUGUCUUAUAUCACAGCUAAAAACAGCAUUUCAGUACUUGACUUUCCUUACUGUGUGGUGCACGAGCUCCCGGAGUUAACCGCAGAGAGUUUGGAAGCAGGAGACAACAAUCAGUUUUGCUGGAGGAAUCUGUUCUCCUGUAUUAACCUGCUGAGGAUCCUUAACAAACUGACCAAGUGGAAGCACUCCAGAACAAUGAUGCUUGUGGUGUUUAAGUCCGCUCCCAUCCUGAAGAGGGCGCUGAAGGUGAAGCAGGCCAUGAUGCAGCUCUACGUGCUGAAGCUGCUCAAAGUGCAGACCAAAUACCUGGGACGUCAGUGGAGGAAGAGCAACAUGAAGACCAUGUCUGCCAUCUAUCAAAAGGUCCGACACAGGCUCAACGACGACUGGGCCUACGGCAACGAUCUGGAUGCUCGUCCCUGGGACUUCCAGGCUGAGGAGUGUGCUCUGCGGGCCAACAUCGAACGAUUCAACAGUCGCCGCUACGACAAAAGCCACACCAACCCAGACUUCCUGCCCGUGGACAACUGCCUGCAAAGCGUCCUGGGACAGCGGGUGGACCUCCCCGAGGACUUCCAGAUGAACUAUGACCUCUGGCUGGAGCGGGAGGUCUUCUCCAAACCCAUUUCCUGGGAAGAACUGCUACAGUGAGAAUCAACAACUCUUUAUUUAAAUAAAAAAAGUUCCAAUCAGGAGUUCAGACAAACCACCAACAGUGCUCUCAGCAUUAUGUUUCAUGCUCUGCUCAGACUGAAGGUGACGGAUGGAUUUCAUUCUCUAAAGUCGCCCCGGUGUCGACUUCCAAUCAUCAGAUCUCCAGAUAAAUUCUUAACAUGAUGAACUAUUGAGUCUUCUCCCCACACUAAUGCCACCCAAUGUUUUUAAUACCUGCUGGAGAUUAAUUCAGUCCUGCUUCCCUUGUGGACGAUAACCCAACCCCCCACCUUUACACACUACAUGACAGUUUGUUCUUAAUUUUAAAGAGAUUUAUUUGGAAUAAAUUUUAUGUGCGCUUUGUUGAGGGAGCACAUUUAAGAUUUUAAUAAAUAUAACAUUCCCUGUUUAUCUUCAGAGAGAUGGAAGGACCAGGGGUUGGGGGAUUUUAGUCUUAAUUUCUAUGUACAAAUAAAAACAUAUUACUUUUUAACAGUUAACACCCAAACAGGACAAACUGUUCACCUGACUUACCCUUUGUUGUUUAGUUGCAUUUUCAAACAAUUUGAAUUUUAUUUGCAUUAUUCUGCGUGUCUCACCUGAGUGCUGCCUACACACCUUUACUCUGGGACCAUGGAGGCAUCCGGACAAUACAGCCUUGUUUUUUUCUUUUUUAACCUAAAAUAACUCAAUAGUAUUUGCUUUGUUGAAAACUGGUUGCACAUGUUGACAUAAUUUAACUUUGUCAGAUAGAACAGAAACAUUUGAGUUUGUGGUUUGAGAUCAUUGUGAUUUCUGAGCUUCACUCAUCAGACAGCUGCUCUAAUCUGAACAGUUAAAUUUCCAGUUACAGAACCAGUUUCCUUUUGUCUUUUUCUACUUUUCAACAUUUUUUGUCUUUGUUCGUUUGUUUUAUUAUAAAGGUUAAGAAAAUGAUAUUAAAUGUAAAUGGUGAAACUUAUUUAUCAUGGCUUUGUCUUUGUUUUACAUGGACUCAAAUACUGUAAUAAAAUUAUACUGUCAUUCAUGUG